GGCGGCGGCGGGCCGCGGCAGCUGGAGCUCGGCAUGCAGGGCAUCCUCAUCACCUGCAACAUGAACGAGCGCAAGUGCGUGGGGGAGGCCUACAGCCUGCUCAACGAGUACGGGGACCUGCUCUAUGGGCCCGAGAAGUUUACAGAUCAAGAUAACAGAUUGUCAGGAAGUGAAGAGGAGGAAGAUGAUGUUGAAAGUGCCUUAAAGAAAGAAGUUGAUCAGAUUCGCACAUCGACUGAACAGAAGCUGCGAAGAUUCCAGUCAGUGGAGAGUGGAGCUAACAAUGUUGUGUUUAUUAGAACGCUGGGUGUAGAACCUGAGAAGCUUGUGCAUCAUAUAUUAAAGGACUUGCAUACUACUAAAAAGAAGAAAACAAGAGUUAUUCUGCGCAUGUUACCCAUUUCUGGAACCUGCAAGGCUUUUAUGGAAGAUAUGAAGAGAUAUUCAGAGACCUUCUUUGAGCCUUGGUUUAAAGCCCCUAAUAAGGGUACUUUUCAGAUUGUGUACAAAGCUCGGAAUAACAGUCACAUGAGUAGGGAAGAAGUCAUCAAAGAAUUGGCAGGAAUAGUGGGCAGCUUAAAUCCAGAAAAUAAAGUGGAUCUUAAUAACCCCCAGUAUACCAUUGUGGUAGAAAUAAUAAAGAAUGUCUGUUGCUUGAGUGUGGUGAAAGACUAUGUUUUGUUCAGAAAAUAUAAUCUACAAGAGGUGGUGAAAAGCAACAAAGAGGAGCUGGUGCAGCAAAACCUGUCGAGUGCUUCACAAGGGAGAAGAGGACACUAAAGAAGUGAAACCAGAAGACAAAAGUCAAAGUGAAGAGGAAUCUAAGCCCAAUGAAAGCGACAAUCAGCAGGCAUAGAGAAUCUGAUAGAAACGGAAAACAAACACUAAAGAUCACUAUAAAAUAGACUGGCUUAGGGUUCUGAAAUGGUCGUUUAGAAAGGAGCUUAAUUUUUUUAUUUUAAAUUUGCUUUUUAAAAUAUCCAAGUAUUAUAAAACAAUUUUUUAAUACUCCAUCCUGUGUUUGCUGUUAGAGUCCGUUUUGUAGCACGCAGUGUCAGAGAGAAUGGUGCUAUUUGUCACUUAAAACAUUUCACCCUGAUUCUCCAAAGCCUUCCUUGUGUGGUCAAUGAUCGGUGUAAGGGUAUGUCAGAUAUUACCAUUCUGAUCUGGUAGCAUUUUAUACUCACAUACCACGUGGAAAUAACUACCAGAGGGUGCAGGACUGACUUGCUGUCUGUGCCUCUGGACAUUCUGAGAUGCCAGUUAUGCGGGUAUUGAGAGGUCUGGAAAAGGACGGGCUCUUGCAAGGGGAUUUAUUUGAAAAUACAAUGUCAUUUUGUUUUGGUGACAUGACUUUGCCUAGCAUGUAAACCUUGUUUUAUUAAAUACAGAACGAGUGAUAAGCACCUGACUUCCAGUAUGUUGUUCAGAUGACUGCAAACCUAGUUUAAGACAUAUUAACAUGUCUUGGAAAUAUGCUGGGUGUAGAAGAGAAAUUUCCUCCCUCAAAAUAGCUCAGGCUAUGCCUACAUUUGCAGUUUUUUCCUCUGACAAUUUUGUUGGUGAUAGAAAAGCACUAGUUUGUGUUUACACUGUUUUCCACAGUUAUUGGAGUGAGUUUACACAUGCAGCAUUUUCACUGCAGAUGAGAGAAAUGCACUGUUAUCGCACUAUACAGUGCUCUGGGACAAAAAGCAAAUCAUUUCUGUGGCAAGGCUGGAUAUGUGCUGGAAGCACCCAGUCCUGAGGUAGGACUUCCUACUGUCCUGAUUUUGCAGAGCACACUCUGUCUGUCUCUGUUUGCAUUGUGGGAGGCAGCAGGAGCAUUCCACACUAAUGAUUUGUUGUGUCCCAGAGCAGUGAACUGUGCCAGGGCCAGGUGUCAGAUAGAAACUAACUGGUAGGAGUAGGCAGGAGUGCUGAGUUUUACUGGAAGGCAGUUAGAGAUAUAAAAGCAAUCAAGAGUUUUCACCAACACAUCAGCGCAAAAAGAUUAAUUGGGGUGGUUUUUAUUUUUGUGCUGAAACUCAGCAGUUUGUGCAAAACAUAGAUUUCCAGUGAAGACAUUGGUUUGUUUUUUAUGCAAGAACCUGACUUAGCCCUAAUAGUGUUAUCAAACCCCUCUGUUACCCUUCUCCCUGAAAUUCCCGUAAUUUUCUAGAACAGAAAGAUGCCAGUGUGGAAGUCGUGUAUAAUUGUUACAAGAGCACCCUGUGGCAUGUCUUUCAAAAAUAGCAAUUUGCAUCUUGGACAGAAGCAUAUGUGGAUCAUACCCAAUCUAGAGCUGUGUUUCCAGUAGCUACCUGUAAACAGUCCAUUUCUGAGGAUACUUAUUCCAAAGGCACCUUAAAAAUUUCUCUAUUAAGUAGUCUUGUUCAUUGGUUUUAUUUUAACUGGAUUCAUGAGCGAGUUAAACUUUUUAAAAUUUCUUGAUGUGAAAUUAGCUCUCCGUAUUUCAUACCACCUGGUAGAAAAAGGGGUUAGCUUACGUUUUUGUACGGUUUCAGUUUCCCAAAACAAAUGUUUUGCCUCAGAUUGGAAAUUACUACUGGGUUUUUCAUCUUCCUGUAACAUUUAAAGAGCAGGUCUCUUAAGUUACAGUAGCAUUUUUGCAAAGAUGAAAAAGUUUAACAAAGGUUUAAAAGUAACAUUUUAAUAUAGUGCAGCUAUAACUUGUUUUCCAACAGUAUUGUUGCGAUACACAUUUUGUAUAAAUGUGUGGCUUAGGUAUUUCAGGAUACACUUAUUUACAGGUGUUGCUCAUGGAAGAAUAAUUGCUCCAAGUAAUGCCAGCUGUAUUGAUCGUGGUUUAAUGAAAAGGACAUGUUUGAGCCUCAUAAGUUCUGUUUUUAUUAUCUCUAAUAUUUGUAAAACUGUCUUACAUUUGAAAAUUAAACCUCCCGUAUUCCUGUUUCUCUUCCACGCCUUCUUUUUCUAGAAUUGAUGCUUCCUUAAGCCCUGUUUGCUCACCUCUAGUGCUGUUCUUUUGAUUCCAGGCCUGAAGAGACCAUUCCACUCAUUUACUGCGACCUGUAUAACAGGCCAUAAACAGCCCCAAACAAUUCAGAGUUCUUUUAGAAAAACAUCUAAUUUUGAUUUUAAAAUGUUAACAUGGUAGAGAACCUACCACAACCUUUGCUAAAUUGUUCCAUUACUUAAUUGCUCUUUUAAAAUUGUACACGUUUCCAGUCUGAACCUGUCUUGCUUCCAACUUCUAGCUGUUGAAUUGUUAUCCCUGUUCUGAUAGAUUGAAUGGGGAUUGUCAUAUUGUAGCAGGCUCGUUAUUAAACAUGUUUCCAAUUUAGAGACUUCAA